CAGGUUGAAUAUGGGCGAAUUCGGAAGGCAAUGGAGGAAGAGGCAAAGAAGCAGCGCCGUCUAGACAAAAAAAAGGAAGCUGCUGAGCGCAGACAACGGAUAGAGGAUGAUGCAAAACAAAUUUGCAUGAAAUCUAACAAAUUUACAUCAAAGGAUGCAAAACGCAUGGAAGAAGUCCACCAGCAUAAAGAAACAACACUUCAGAUUCUAAAGGAAUAUGCUGCAAAGGUGUUAUGCAUGUCAACUAGUUAUGACACAGAAGCUCAAUCAAUGUUGGUCGGUGAGGCUACUUCAUAUGAAAUAUCAUCUUAUGAAGGUUCAGAGGAAGAGGACAACAAUAAUGAUUUUGCUCCAGGGAAAGUCGUGCCAACAUGGACAAGGACAGAGAAUUUGAUUCCACAAAUCAUUAGUCAACAAUAUAUUGAUCCUGAUGAGAUAUUUGGUAUUGCAAAAUUUUUCAAUUUAAAUGAAGUUUUUGAAUCUAAUGGAUCAGAUGAAACGAGAGAUUUCAAGCGGCGUAGUUAUAGCGGGGAAUGGCUUAAUGACACUUUCACAGAGGAAGAAGAGUAUCUAUACAAGUUGCAGAUGGGAUACAUCUAAGUAGAUUUAUUAACUAGACUGAGAUUGUCUUCUGCUUAUAGCAUGUUUGUGCCAGUUACCACAGCUUUACCUUCAAGAUGAAUUUUAUAUCAUUGAUAAUUGAAAUCAAAGAUAUCGCCUUGCUGGGAAAAGUAUG